AUGAUGGCUCCGGACAGGAGUGCCGGCGUCACAUUUCCCGGCCUUAGAGGUAAUGUUCUCGAGGCUUUGGAAACGGGAGAUAUAUUGCAAGAAUGCCGUGUAGUCAGCUCAAAACCGGCCGAGUAUCGCUAUCAGUGGUUAGGACCCGAUGGAAAUCCAAUCUCUAAUACUGCUUUUCUACAAAAGGACUACGUCCUUCGACCACAAGACGAGGGCAUUUACACGUGUUUGGCCACUCCAACUCAGAAUGGCUUACUGCCCGUGGAAAGCAGUCUCAUUGUGACUAUUACGCCUCUUCGAUUCACCAUCAACACUGUGGCUGAGGAUCUGAAAGUGGGUGGAUUCACUCGCCGCCGAAUCAGUCUGAUACCGCCUAACGGAGCACACUUGAACACUCGUGAGACGUUCACUUAUCAAUGGCUCAGCCCGGACGGAGCACCGAUUCCGCAAGGAACCGGACCAGACAUGCACGUGACGUUCCGCAGUCCUCAGGAUUUCGGUCGGUACUAUGUUCAAGUUCGCGGAUUGAAUUCCGGCUAUAAACGUGAUUUGAUCAGUUACAUCACGCUGGAUGGUGAGUAG